AUGGCUACCAAACAACCUGCUUUGGACUUCUUGUCCUUUGUCAACGCUGCUCCUACCCCCUUCCAUGCCGUCCACAAAGCCAAAGAGCUUCUGGCCAAAGCUGGAUUCCAAGAAAUUAAGGAGAAAGACUCUUGGGCGUCGACCUGCCAACCGGGAGGCAAGUAUUAUCUGACUCGUAACACCACCACCCUUGUGGCUUUCGCAAUUGGCAAGCAAUGGCAGCCCGGCAAUGCCAUCUCUAUGAUCGGUGCCCACACUGAUUCUCCAGUGCUGCGGGUCAAGCCCGUUAGCAAGAAAAGCGGGGAAGGUUUCGUACAGGUUGGUGUCGAGACCUACGGUGGAGGCAUCUGGCACACUUGGUUCGAUCGUGAUCUUGGUGUCGCAGGUCGGGUGAUGACCCGUGCAAGCGAUGGAUCUAUUGUCCAGAAGCUCGUCAAGAUUGACCGUCCUAUUCUGCGUAUCCCAACCCUGGCCAUUCAUCUCGAACGCAAGGAGGACUUUUCAUUCAACAAGGAAACCCAGAUGACCCCCAUCGCUGGCCUUAUUGCUGCUGAGCUUAACCGUACUGGGGAGACCAACACCACUGAGACAGAGACGGGUGCCGAUCUCUCGCCAUUGAAGUCUGUGACGGAGCGUCACCACUCUCACUUUGUCGAGCUCAUUGCUGCGGAAGCUGGUGUUAAGCCUGCUGACAUUCUGGACUUUGAGAUGAUCCUGUUCGACACCCACAAGGCCUGCCUUGGCGGCUUGCUGGAAGAGUUCAUCUUCUCUCCUCGUCUCGAUAACUUGAACAGCACUUUCUGCGCUACCAUUGCUCUGAUUGACUCUGUAGCCGACCAGUCAGCUCUCGAUAAUGAAGACGCAAUCCGUCUGAUCGCAUUGUUCGAUCACGAGGAGAUUGGCAGCCGCACAGCACAGGGCGCGGACUCCAACAUUCUCCCGUCAAUCAUCCGCCGUCUGUCUGUUCUGCCCUCGGCCACCUCCAAGGACUUCGACAUUUCAACUGCAUAUGAGCAAACCUUGUCCACCUCCUUCCUCGUCUCUGCCGACAUGGCUCACUCAGUCAACCCUAACUACGCGAACAAGUACGAGGCGGAUCACAAGCCGGAGAUGAACAAGGGUCCGGUCAUCAAGAUCAACGCAAACGCUCGCUAUGCCACCAACUCUCCUGGUAUUGUCCUUCUGGAGGAAGUUGCGCGCAAGACCUCCAAGGAGACUGGAGAGCACGUUCCUCUGCAGCUGUUUGUCGUGCGUAAUGAUUCCAGCUGUGGUAGCACCAUUGGUCCUAUGCUCUCUGCUGCGCUGGGCGCGCGGACCCUGGAUCUAGGUAACCCACAGCUUAGCAUGCACAGUAUCCGCGAGACAGGUGGUACUUAUGAUGUUGCCCAUGCCAUUCGCCUCUUUACUGGCUUCUUCCAGCACUACUCAGAGCUGUCAAGGACCAUCCUUGUGGACUAG